GGCAAAAUGUAACUUAACUGCUCUCUACAGGACAGCUCUGCCAUUUCUAUGGGUGACUGUUUGGAGCUUCAGAAUUUGAAUAGCCAAGAUGGACGAGUCGGCUACCUCCAAUAGCCAGACAUUCUCCUCUGCCGACCGAAUCCGGCAGCUGAAUGAGAUAGACAAAGACAUUGCGAAGCUCGUAAACUCCGCUGGAUUAGCCAUACAAGCCCUAACAAAUGCGAAGUCCACCGAGAUAAUGACUGGCAACUCAGUUAACGAUCGCAAAGCUGCAUUCAAGGCCUCAACUUCACAAUACUUCGCACUUUUGUCGUCAAUCGAUGUGCGACUGAGACGGCAGGUUUACGCACUAGAAGAAGCUGGUAUACUCGAGUCCGAGUCCGCGACUGCGAACAACGUUUCUUUCAAGAGUGAUUCAGGUAUUGGAUCUACUACGACUGGCGGCGCGGGAGCAGGAACAGCUGCAGGGACAUUCAAUCCUCUUGAGGUCAGCUGGUUGAAUAGUCGCAAAGAUACAGUAGGAAAGGAUAAAGAAGCUGAGUCAUGGGCUGCUGCGCGGGAGUUUUUGAAUCGAGGCCAAGAUACUGCUCCGAAGACUGAGACGAUGGAUACCGAUUCGUGA